AUGGUAACAAGAGGCUUACACCCCUCAGGGAUGAAGACUGGUUACCCUAUUGGGAAAAAACUGAGACCAGCAGAAGUGCUGGUCAACGCCGUUGGGAAACCCUCCAGCAGGGGGUUCUGUGGUUUACAGGCGGCCGCUCUCCCGGGAAACAGCCCUUCUGCUGGAGCGACGCCUUAUGCUCUGCUAAGAUACUUUCUAGUUGGGAGCAAUCAUGCAGAAACAAAAUAUCGUGUUUUGAAGAUUGAUAGAACAGAACCAAAAGAUUUGGUCAUAAUUGAUGAUAGGCAUGUAUAUACUCAACAAGAAGUGAGAGAACUUCUUGGCCGCUUGGAUCUAGGAAACAGAACAAAGAUGGGACAGAAAGGAUCCUCUGGGUUAUUUCGAGCUGUUUCAGCUUUUGGUGUUGUAGGUUUUGUCAGGUUUUUAGAAGGCUAUUAUAUUGUGUUAAUAACUAAAAGGAGGAAGAUGGCAGAUAUUGGAGGUCAUGCAAUAUAUAAGAUUGAAGAUACAAAUAUGAUCUAUAUACCUAAUGAUUCUGUACGGAUUACUCAUCCUGAUGAAGCUCGGUAUCUACGAAUCUUUCAAAAUGUGGACCUAUCUAGCAAUUUUUACUUUAGUUACAGCUAUGAUCUGUCCCACUCACUUCAGUAUAAUCUCACUGUCUUGCGAAUGCCCCUGGAGAUGUUAAAGUCAGAAACAACUCAGCCUCGCCAGGAGAGUUUCGACAUCUUUGAAGAUGAAGGAUUAAUUACACAGGGUGGAAGCGGUGUAUUUGGGAUCUGUAGUGAGCCUUAUAUGAAGUAUGUGUGGAACGGUGAACUUCUGGAUAUAAUUAAAAAUACUGUGCAUCGUGACUGGCUGUUGUAUAUUAUUCAUGGGUUCUGUGGGCAGUCAAAGCUGUUGAUCUAUGGACGACCAGUCUAUGUGACUCUAAUAGCAAGAAGAUCCAGUAAGUUUGCCGGGACCCGCUUCCUCAAGAGAGGUGCAAACUGUGAGGGCGAUGUUGCAAAUGAAGUGGAGACUGAACAAAUACUCUGUGAUGCUUCUGUGAUGUCUUUUACUGCAGGAAGUUAUUCUUCUUAUGUCCAAGUUAGAGGGUCCGUUCCUUUAUACUGGUCUCAGGACAUUUCAACGAUGAUGCCUAAACCGCCUAUCACAUUGGAUCAGGCAGACCCGUUUGCACAUGUGGCUGCCCUUCACUUCGACCAGAUGCUUCAGAGGUUUGGCUCCCCCAUCAUCAUCUUGAAUUUAGUGAAGGAACGAGAGAAAAGAAAGCAUGAGAGAAUUCUGAGUGAAGAGCUUGUGGCUGCUGUGACGUACCUCAACCAGUUUUUGCCUCCUGAACACACUAUUAUUUAUAUUCCUUGGGAUAUGGCCAAGUACACCAAAAGCAAGCUGUGUAAUGUUCUUGAUCGACUGAACGUGAUUGCAGAAAGUGUGGUGAAGAAAACAGGUUUCUUUGUAAACCGCCCUGAUUCUUACUGCAGCAUUUUGCGGCCAGACGAAAAGUGGAAUGAACUAGGAGGAUGUGUGAUGCCCACUGGUCGCCUGCAGACUGGUGUUCUUCGAACCAACUGUGUGGACUGUUUAGACCGCACCAACACAGCGCAGUUUAUGGUGGGAAAAUGUGCUCUGGCUUAUCAGCUGUACUCCUUGGGACUGAUCGACAAGCCUAAUCUGCAGUUUGAUACAGAUGCAGUUAGGUUAUUUGAGGAACUCUAUGAAGAUCAUGGGGAUACCCUGUCCCUUCAGUAUGGUGGUUCUCAACUUGUUCAUCGUGUCAAAACCUACAGAAAGAUAGCACCAUGGACCCAGCACUCAAAAGACAUCAUGCAGACCCUGUCUAGAUAUUACAGCAAUGCUUUUUCAGAUGCUGAUAGACAAGAUUCCAUUAAUCUCUUCCUGGGAGUUUUUCAUCCCGCUGAAGGGAAACCACAUCUCUGGGAACUCCCAACAGAUUUUUAUUUGCAUCAUAAAAAUACCAUGAGACUUUUACCAACAAGAAGAAGUUAUACUUACUGGUGGACACCAGAGGUAAUAAAACAUUUACCGCUGCCGUAUGAUGAAGUUAUCUGUGCUGCGAACUUAAAGAAGUUGAUAGUGAAGAAAUUCCACAAAUAUGAAGAAGAGAUUGACAUCCACAACGAAUUCUUUCGACCAUACGAACUGAGUAGUUUUGAUGAUACCUUCUGCUUGGCUAUGACAAGCUCAGCACGUGACUUUAUGCCUAAGACCGUUGGCAUUGAUCCAAGUCCAUUUACAGUGCGUAAACCAGAUGAAACCGGAAAAUCAGUCUUGGGGAGCAAAAGCAAUAGAGAAGAAGCUGUCUUACAACGGAAAACAGCAGCCAGUGCCCCGCCGCCCCCCAGCGAGGAAGCUGUGUCCAGCAGCUCUGAGGAUGAUUCUGGGACCGACCGGGAAGAGGAGGGCUCUGUGUCUCAGCGCUCCACUCCAGUGAAGAUGACGGACAUGGGAGACAGUGCCAAAGUGACCGAGAAUGUCGUCCAGCCCAUGAAAGAGGUAUAUGGAAUUAACCUCUCAGAUGGUCUCUCAGAAGAAGAUCUCUCCAUUUAUUCAAGAUUCGUUCAGCUGGGUCAGCGUCAACAUAAACAAGACAAGAGCAGCCAGCAGCUCUGUUCUAGGUGCCCAGACGGAGUUAUAAAACUAACACCUAUCUCCGCUUUCUCACAAGACAACAUCUAUGAAGUUCAGCCUCCAAGAGUAGACAGAAAAUCUACAGAGAUCUUCCAAGCCCACAUCCAGGCCAGUCAAGGUAUCAUGCAGCCCCUUGGAAAAGAAGAUACUUCCAUGUACCGAGAAUACAUCAGGAACCGCUACCUGUGAAGAGAACAGGUCCACCCAUGAAUUUGCUUACAUUGUAAUCUGUUUUGUCUCAUCUUAAAAAUGGAAUUUCCUAGGAGUCCUUUACAUCUGAAAGUUUUUCCUUUUUGUAACUGGGGAACUAUAAAUUAUAGGAAAUAAAGAAAUGAUUGAAUAUAUUGCUGUUAUUGCCUAUGCUUUAUUUUAGAAAUACUUUGCUUAGAAAUGUAGACAGUAGGGGCACGUGGGUGGCUCAGUCCCUUGAGUGUCUGACUCUUGAUUUCGGCUCAGGUCAUGAUCUCUUGACUCACGCUGGGCUUCAUGCCCUGUGCAGAGUCUACUUGCGAUUCUCUCUCUCUGCUCAUCCCCCUGCUUGCAAUCUCUAUCUCUCUUUAAAAUAAAUAAGUAAAAUCUUUUUAAAAAUGCAGUCAGUAUAGUAUCACGCCAUAAUUAAGAAAUUAAUAGGUAUUUGUCGAGCCCCUGCUGUGUGCACAGGCACUAUGGUAGAGUCUGGGAGUAUCACAGUAAGCAAAACAGGCCAAAAAACCCCUCUCUUGGGCAAAAUGAAGUCAGAGUAUUUUUCUUUGUAGUUAAUUUAUUUUUUUAAUUUAUUCUGAUUUUAUGUUAACUUUGUGGUUUGAUAAAAAAUGUAUCACUUUGAAAACUCUUGUUCUUGGGACUUAAACACUGAAAUAUUUAUGUAUAAAGGGACAAAGUGCUCUGCAGUGAGGCAAAAAGAACAAAUGGAGCAAAAUACCAAUAAUCAGGAGAUCUGGGAAAGAGUAAAUGGGUGUUUUUUU